AUGUUCAGAAAGAGACACAUCAUGAAGAGAAACAAUAUUUUUAAUUCAGUAACUCUGGCUCUCACAUUUCUUACAUUUGUGCCAAAAAUAGAGAGCCAUAUCGGGCCACCGGUUAUUCACCUGUCACCACCGUCUUAUCACCCGCUCUGUGCACCUCAUCUAGCACUAGUAAGUUAUGCUUGUGUAGUGUUAUCUUUCCCUCCAGGAUCACAUCCUUCUCCAAUCCCGGCCCUACCCUCUCCUUCAUCCCCAGACGACGACGAAGGACAUCAGAGUCACCACGAUGAGGCCGAUGUGUGUGUCACUGACUCUCUUCUUUCCACCAUCGCCAUUCUCUUCGUCUCCGAUAUUUAUGGAUAUCAUCAAGCCCCUAUUAUAAGGAAUCUUGCAGACAGGGUUGCAGCAGCUGGGUAUUAUGUGGCGGUUCCUGACUACUUCAAUGGCUCUCCCUUUGAUCCUGAGAAUCUUGACAGAACAUUACCUAUUUGGAUGAAAGAACAUCGACCCGACAAAGGUUUAAAAGCUUCGCAACCGAUAAUUGAAGCCUUAAAGAGUGAAGGAGUUUCUACUAUUGGAGCUGCUGGUUUUUGUUGGGGUGCUAAGACUGUGUGUGAUCUUGGGAAAUCCAACUUCAGUCAAGUUGUUGUGUUAGCACAUCCAUCAUCUAUCACAGUAGAGGACAUUGAUGGGAAAUCCAACUUCAGUCAAGUUGUUGUGUUAUGCAGAAGCAUGGAUAUAUUGGGGAGUUUGAGUAUGUUGAUGAUCACAGAUCUGGAAAGAUUGUUGUUGAGUUGA